CAAAGUUUCGCGGUCGCACCAACAAGCAAGCAGCAGCAGGAACUGGAACGACAAAAUCUCCAGUCCCAAAAAUUCCCUUUUUUUCAAUCGCGACCGACUAACCGUGCAGCGCGACGGGAGCCGCCAAUUUUAUUAGCAUUCUAUUUCACCGUCAACCGUUAACCACAACCAGCCGAAGGCCGAAGCCCGCUUAGAGAGAGAGGACAACAACGAUAAUAAAAAAUAAAAAUAAUAAGAAAGGUUACCUCAACUAAAGGGAAAAAAUGGCCUCGCCAGCCAUAGCACUUCCAAAUGGCGUUUCCACGCCCGUGCAGCUCACCAACAAUAACGUCAAUCUCAAUGCCGCAUCUAAUUCUCCUAACGCUAACAAUAUGAUCGACGUCGACAUCGAUACCGCGCAAAGCAUGUCCGGUACCUCGAUCAAGCGCAAACGCGAAUCAACCGACGCCAGCGAGAAACCACCGAAUGGCCUCAACAUUAGCCCCAUAAGUCCUAUUCCAACAGAUACCGUCCCUUCCCCCUCCCUAUCCAACACAGCUAAGGUUGAUAAACCUACGAUACGUAACUAUUAUGAUGUCCUUCAAAGUAUUGAUCCGAUGCCUUCUGUUCUCAAACGUCCCCUUCCCGACCCCGAAGAUUCUUCCAACGAGCCUCAGGCGAAACGGAAGAAGCCUGAUGACGGGAACCCGUUACCUUCCAUUGCCGACAAGGUGGCUCAGGAGCAAUAUGGCGAUCUAGAUAGCAUCAUCAUCGAUAUUAAAGCCUCCAUCUCCGACAACUUAGCAGAAUUGCGACACGUUGAACCCGGAAAGGACAGCAAGGCGAAUGAUGAAGCCAUUGCCAAGGUCAUCGAUUUCAAGCGACAAGCUUACGGAAUAUUCAAGAGGGAGAUGUCAUACCCCGACAAUACUCGUGCUUCUGGCGUGUUGGAGGAGCUUAACUCUAUUAGUGAUUUACAGUCCAACGCCAGUGGAAAUAUGAUAUUGGUGGUGAAUGGCGAGCAGAUGAGAGGAAAGCCGUUGUACUCGAGCUUGCAACAAUCUACUCCAACCCUCGAUGGCACUGAGACCGAAGUUGUUAUCCGACCUCUUAGAGAGAGCGGUUUACCUAACGGUGUUAAGACCGGCAGGGCGAUACCGUAUUCCUUCUCUUCACCUAUCGAGAAGGAUAAGAAGGCCAAGACACUGGGAGAGCUGUUCCCAGCCCCACGCAACCUCCUGUCGCUGCAACCACCGAAAGCGCCGAAGAGCACCGUCAAAGGUGUGCAAGUUGGAUGGCAUCAUCCUGAAUUGACCGAGAAGUCUAAGUAUCGAGCUGGGUCAUAUUUCAGCCAGAAUAUCACCACCGGACGCUGGUUAGACUACAGCAACGCCGCACCUCCGUCGCAAAUCAUGACCAAACAACGCGAGCGGGCUCUAAGCCUUGCUGGAAAUAAGCCGUCUUCAUCCGACCUCGAGAUGUCCGAGAUGGAAUCUCUUUUCCGUGGCGCAUUCAGUAGUUUUGCCCCAUCCAAGGACGAUUCUGCUGCUAUGAUAUCGUCUGGUAUGAUUAGCCAAACUAUGUGGUGGCAGAAGGUGGGACAGCGUAGCUUCGAUCGCCUAGUUGAGACCGAACUGCUAGAUGCUGCUAAAGACGCCGACAAGGCUGAUAUUGUUCUCGUUGAAGAGGUUGAUGAGACACUAAUCAAGGAAGCUCUAGACAAUUGGGACGAGACUAUGGUAGAUCCUAGUCUAGAGCAGGUCUGUGGUCCAAAGAAGUCCCAAGAGGAGAUGGACGCAGAUGAUGUCCUACAGGAAGUAUCCGACAUGAUUCAGACACUAGUUUCCUAUCAGAAGAAUCGCAACUUGACCUUACCGUCCGCGUCCAGUCAGAGUCGAUACGCGGCGGAUCCGGCCCAUAGCGAUAUGCUUACGAAUGGAACACCCGUGCAGCCAGGAGAAGAAGAGUUGGCGACAUACCAGGCCCUCAAGGCACAGUUGGCUCUUGUUGUUCAAUCGCUGCCACCCUACGCAGUCGCACGUCUCAACUCGGACAAAUUAGAUGAGCUAAACAUAUCAACUAAGAUCGAAGUCCGAACCGACGAAUACCAAGGAUUGAUGGAGGAGGACGAAGUAGCUGCUCGCGCUAGAGCCGCGCAAGCUCCCGUACCAAACCCCCGACCAGUCACUCAUCGUGCGUCAAGUUCGUCUAGUACAAUGCAGUAUGGUCAACCGUACCAUGCCAACCGCGCGCCAAUGCCUAAUGCACAAUUUUAUGGUGCCCAGACUCCAGUCCGAGCUACUCAACCUCCGAUGCGAGGUCCCCCGCAGACUAUGCCCCCGGUGGCCUAUCCCCCGCGACCCCCGUCCAAUACGGGUUAUCGCCCUCCGAACCAGUAUCCUGGUACGGCUUAUUCCACCCAAUUCAGCAAACCGCCUGCCCCAUAUUCGCAGCCCGGCUCAUAUGGAAAUACCCCCACACAAGUCCGGCCUCCGUACCAGCCAAUGCCGGGUUAUCCUAACAUGAACACCCCGACACCGCAAGCACGUUUCCCGUCUUAUCCACCAAACACUCAACCACCGCCUAAUUAUCAUCAUUCUCAACCCUUCCAAGCGCAACCUCAUCAGCUUCAGGGUACCCCGUCGCAUCAGCCAUAUAACCAGUACACAAAUGGCGCUGCAUCAAUGCCACAGAGGACAGCAUCCCCUCAUGUAUCCCACCAAACGCCGCAACCCCACCACCAACCUCUCCCCCACCAUCCGGGAUAUAACCCGACCGGAACACCCGUGAGGCAGGCAUCCUAUGGUGGCCAACCAAACAUGAACAAUGAUCCGUCACGACGCUUUUACCCGAACGCUGGUUCACCUGUGAUGCCGAACAACCAAAUGGGUCAGCACAAUCAGCAGAGCCAGAACCCGCAAACCCCUGGUACCUCCUCAUUCCAUACGUCUCUUCAGCCACACCAAGUUCAGCAAGCGAUGGAUCAAGCCAAAGCCCGUUUCGACGCGACCAAGAGUGCGCAGAGGACAAAUGAAGGUAUUAGAAAUUCGAUGUCUGGUCAAGGACAAGGACAAGUUGGUGCGCCGGUUGGCCUCGGUGGUAUUGGCCUAGGAGGGGAUCCAGCGAGGCUAGCAGCCGCCCGGGCUAACAUGCCAACUUAUCCCGCGACCAGUCAAGGGCCCAGUCAGAGCCCGAAACCUCAGCUUAACUCGCCUAGGGUUACUGCGGCACCGUCUGGGAUCAACGGAACCCCUACACCAAUGCCGACAUCUAACGGGGGUUCAACAAUUCCUAACAGGGAAGCCUAGAAACCUUUCAUGUUAUUUGGACCUCACGCUUUUGAUGACAUCUACCUGUCCAUGGGGGUCAGAGACAUCCUGUCAAAUGACGGCUCUAUCUCACCAGCACCUGUAAUCCCUACCACCACGAUAGACCCAGCCUUGCUGGUAUG